ACUUUGUAAACCUUGAUCACCUUGUGACUAAAUCUUCCAUCUGAGUGGGACGACAGUCAGUUGUGCAACAGAAGGGCACUGUACCACAAUGAUCCGACGACUGGCUGCUUUGAUUUUUCUGAGUACAAUGUCUCUGAUCCAAGCUUCAGAGUUUCCUCACCAGCUCCCUUUGACUGUGGUUGAACUUGGAAAAACUUUGACUCUGUCAUGUUCAGUUUCUGGGAAUGAAGCCGGGUUGUUUUACUGGUACAAGCUGCAGUUUGGCUAUAUGGUCCAAGUAGUUGCAGCAGGAAGUUUCACAAAAAUACAACUUGAAGGACAAUUUAACAACCCAAGAUUCUCAAUUCAAAAAAACAACGCUCAGUAUGUUCUUAACAUCAGAAACAUCAGCAAAGAAGACGAAGCGACGUACUACUGUCAAGGAGGAUCUGCAUACGUAAUGAAGUUCAUUAACGGCACACUUUUGGCUGUAAAUGAUCAUAAAAAUCAGCAGAAGUCUUUCUACGUGAAGCAAAGCCCUGAGACUGAGAUGGUCCAGCAGGGCGACCCAGUGACUCUCCAGUGUUCUCUUCUCUCCAAGAACAAAGAAAACACAGACCAGUGUCCAGCUGAACACAGUGUGUACUGGUUCAGAUCUGGAUCAGGAGGAUCUUCUCCAAGUAUCCUUUACACCCACAGUGAUCGACAAGAGGAAAGAAGUUGUGUCCACAGUCUGUCCAGAACUAUCCAGAACUCCUCUGAUACUGGGACUUACUACUGCGCUGUGGUCACAUGUGGACAGAUCCUGUUUGGUGAAGGAACUAAAGUGGGCACAAGAGAAAGACUGUGCCCACUCAUCAUCGUGCUCGGGACGCUGCUGGCCUGCUGUGUGAUUGUGAUCGCUGCUCUAAUUAUCUUCAAUAGAAAGUCAGUUUGUAAACAAUGCAAAGGAACCAAUCAUGCUGAACAAGACAGAUCAGCUGACGAUCAUCCAAACAUCUUGUACGGUGAGGUGGCGAACCUGAACUACGUAGCGCUGGAUUUCCCCUCGAGAAGUGGAACUCGAAUGGGGAAUAGCAGAGAGUUACCAGAGGAAUGUCUUUACUCUUACACCAGAGACUAUCGGUGAAGAGCCGGCAUGAAGAAACAUCUCACAUGCAUCUGUCAUCACUAUUUAUUAUUAUUAUAUCAAUGUUAUUGUAAAUAGCAUCAUCAGAGAGGACAGAGACUCUUUACAUGUUUUGUGAUGAUCAUCGAGGAUAAUAAGGAUAUUUAUUAUUCAUUUCAUUAUUAUUUUAUUUGCUUUAUUAUUAUAUUAUUUUUAUUACAGCAGCUUGAAUAAUCAGUUAACAUAUUAAUAAAAUUAAUGUAAUAAAAACGUUAUUGCCAUUAAAGACAAAGUCCACGUGCUCUUUAUAUUGUGAUAUCAGACACAUUUGUGAAUAUUUACUCAUAUAUGUUAUUUGAUAAGAACCCCUGUUGUAUAAUUAAAUUUGUUUUCCGUUUGACGUGUAAAAGUGUUAAAGUUGCAUUUUUCUUUAUAAGCCGCCCAACAAGGGGAAAAAGACGACCACACCCUCAUGUCUAAACAUUACAGUCCAAGUUUUAAACACGUGGUUAAUGUUGUUAACAGUCAGUUUGGUUAGCUGACCACAGCGUUUCAUAUGUUAAAAAAGCUUAAUUUUAACAGUCGUCUCGAGGUCAAACUGCUGUUUGUAUGCA